AAAAACCAGGAUAAGCACAAAAUAUUAAAUAACUCAAAUAAUACCAAUUUCGAUUAAACCAUUCCAAUUUGCGCCCUUUUCCAUUUCUCAACGCCUCUGUUUUUCUUCUUCUGCAUUUCCACCACUCUGCGACAUGGCCAGAGGAGCCUCACAAUCUCAGUCCGCGGUUUCCGCACCCACGCGACCAGGGGGCAUGGCUCCUCGCGGAUCUGCUGCCGCCACAGCCGGCAUGCGCCGCCGCCGUCUCGGCGGAGGAGGCGCCGGAAACAGCUCCGCCGGUGGAGGAGGAGGCUCCGGCGCGGGCGGUAACAUGCUGAGGUUCUACACGGACGACGCCCCUGGGCUGAAGAUUUCGCCGACGGUGGUGCUGGUGAUGAGCCUCUGCUUCAUCGGCUUCGUGACGGCCCUCCACGUGUUCGGGAAGCUCUACCGCUAUAAAUCUGGCGGUGGCGUUUGAUUUUAGGAUCCGAUAACUUAGGUUUCCGAUCCUUUUUGGAUUUGAAGUUUGAUCCGUACCCUAGGCGCUUCAUUUUCGGUUCUCCAUUCAAAACGCUGCGUUUUUUAUUUUUAUUUUUUUGUUCCCCUUUCCCACUUGCUAUUUUGUAGCUGUGAGUGAAAUGAACGAAUCUUCUUACUGUUCUUGAAGGAAAAGUCGUUUCUUUU